AUGUCAGGACUCGACAGCGUAGCCAUAUUUUGGGACUAUGAGAAUUGUGCACUCCCUUCUAAUGCUACCGGUAGCAUUAUUGUCAAUAACAUAGCGCAGCUUGCGCGUAGAUAUGGGAGCGUUAAAUCGUUCAGGGCGUACUCGGAGCUCCCCGAGCAACCGUCUCCGAAGAAUAUCGCCCUACGCUCGGACCUGCAGUUAUGCGGGGUAUCAGUCAUAGACUGCCCUCAUAACGGCGGAAAGGAUGUUGCGGACAAGAUGAUGAUAGUGGACAUGAUGGCGUUCGCAAUUGAUACUCCGGCACCUGCGACCAUCAUCCUGAUCACGGGGGAUCGCGACUUUGUGUAUGCCGUGUCGAUCUUGUCGCUCAGGCAGUACCGUCUAGUCGUACUUGCCCCGACUGCAGCCCACGGUACCCUCAAGGGUCAGGCUGCAGAGGUGUAUGCAUGGCCAGCGGAUCUUCUGCCAGAGAACAAGGCGACCGCUCGUCGUGUCUCCAUGUCGAGCGCAACCAACGCCGAGGCCGCGCGCUCCUCCAGCAAGGCGAGUGUGUUCCCGCCGACUCAGCCAGUACAGCCCGCUGCGAGUCCAGCGUCCCCACCCCCGUCACCCGAGCGCAAGGGGGUUCUCGAUGCGGGUGCAUCGACUACUGGCAGCUCACAAUAUGCCCCUCCGUCAUGGAUGUCGGCAAGCUCCCUCUUUACACCGGCGACGGAAGCACGGCCGAGUCUCUUGAGUACUCCCUCCAGCGACAGCACAGCUGUCGACUCUGGAUCUGAGGCAUCAUCGUCUCAUAACCUGUCAAGCUCGCCGAAGCCUUCAGGUUUCACAGACUCCUUCAAGCCCAAGCUAAGUUCGUGGGCCGAACUGGGCGCGUCUUUGGCACAGCGAGUCGCUACUGCCGCUACGCCGCCCAGUCCGCCAACGGAUUGGGCUAAGAGUCUGCGGAACCUCUCCGAGAUCAAACUGAACGCAAACUCCCUGCCGUUCAAGACCGAGUACGAACCCCCCUUCCAGACACGAUCUCCCGCCCCCAACCCGCCAACUGCACCUAGCACCCCGUCGUGGCCGAAGACGAUCCCGCCCGAGUUCAUGCCCAUAGUGAAGGUGCUCAAGAAGCAGCAGAAGCUGGGCCAGGACCGGCUGGACUUCUCCAUGCUGGGCUCGCUCCUGCGCCAGGAGUGCCCCAAUGCCUAUGAGCGCGCGGGCGUCACGAAGCUGAAGGAGUACACCAACCUCGCGCAGGAGCACGGCAUCGUCGUCAGCGAGGACGACAUCCACGGGCCAGGGGGCAUCGACGGUCAGCGAUGGGUGUCGCUGCACCCACGCCUAAUGGGUGCGAAGGUCUAUCAGGCCUCUGCGAGCGGCUAG